AUGGCAGAACAAGUAUACUUUAUCGCGGGUGCUUCUCGUGGAAUUGGCCUCAGCUUGGCUACUUACUUCAGUAAGAAUCCCAAAAAUGUCGUUAUUGCAACUGCUAGAAACCCUUCUACUUCUUCUGGUUUGAAGGAAUUGAGCAAGGCGGACAAUGUUCAUGUUGUUUCUUUGGACUUGAACGACGAAAAAACCUUUGAAACAGCCAAGGCUGAGGUGUUGAAAGUCUCAGACUCAAUUGAUGUGUUUAUUCUCAAUGGAGGCAUUUAUACCUCACAUAACCCAAUCUUGGAGACUUCAAAAGAACAAUUCCUUAGUCACUAUGCUACCAAUGCUCUUGGACGAAUUCUUUUGUUCCAGGCCUUUUAUGAAUUGGUAAAAAAGAGUACUUUGAAAAAAGUGAUUUUCGUUUCAAGUUUGGUUGGAAGUGUAAGUGAGUAUCCUAAGCUUAGCAGCUCCGCCUAUGGACAGUCCAAGGCUGCUCUCAAUCACAGCGUUAGACAGCUUGGGCGUGAGCUUGCUGAAGAAGACUUCAUCGUGGUUUCCGUCAAUCCAGGUUUGGUCGGUACUGAUAUGCUCCUCAAUGCCAAAGAGAAGCUUCUUGCCAAGAUCCCAGCUUUUGCUCCUCGUUUUGCGCCUGGGGGACACUUUACUCCCGAUGAAAGUGCUGAGAAGUUGGCAGCUGUGAUUAAAAAACUCAAGAAAGAAGACUCAAACAAGUUCUGGAACUACGAUGGUACUGAGGUUCCCUGGUAA